GCUAUAGGUUCUAAAAUAAAAAAAAAAAAAAGUAAAAUAAAGUGUGCUUUUGAAGACGUAUGUAAAUCGAAAAUUUAUACGAUUGGAAAUAAUUUACUGAAAAGUUUUAAUUACCGUGAAAGUGCAGUGGCGCGCGAAAAUUCGCAUUCAUUAAAAAAUGGAAGAAAUUGUUAAAAUAUUCAAGAGUAACAAAUGUUUAAAAUAUUCAAAAUGACGUUGCAUUGAGAAAGCGUGCUGCAUUUCUUGAGAAUAUUUGGAUUCAAAAAGUGUUUGGAAAAGUGAAAAGGUGCAAAUGCAUAAAAGACUGCGGCAAAGGUGCGAAUUAUUUAAAGUUCAAUGAAGAAUUAAAUAGUUUUAGAUGCCAAUUACGUACACUAUCUACCAACAACACCAAACAGUCAUUCCAUGUGCUUUUGUGUCGGCAAAGAAUUUUGCUAAGAUUUCUGCAAUGAAAGCGGCGCGAAAUUUUAUAGCAGUGAAAGCACACAAUUUUCGUGAACUGUGACCAUCUAUGCGGUACAAGGGAUUCUCAAAUUAAGAAUUAAUGCUUAUCGCAAAAAAUUAGCAACGCGCGGACAUUUUGCAAUUUUACAUUUGUUGCUGAAAGUGUUAAUUACACUUAACCGUUAUUUUACGUUACGCGGUCGAAGUCGACGACGCUGCCGCAGCCGCCGACACGCACGAAAUGUCAAAAGUUCACGUGCUGCUGCUAUCGCCCACGCAAAGCUGACAACAACAACAACGACGGCGUGAAUAACGCUACUUUUUGUAAAAAAAAGCACGGAAUUAAUACCUAAACUAAAAUAAAUAUGAACAAAUGCGACUGUGCAAAAACUGAAAGCAAUCGCAAGAAGCGCCAAUGGCAAUAAAAAAGUGCAUGCAUGUGAAUGAAACACAAAAAAGUACAUACAUAACAAUGAAAAUGCAAGAAAGCUAAAAAAAAAAUUGGCAAAUUGAAAAAAAAACAAGAAAAUUCAAUUUCAAAUAAAUAGUUGCAAAAAAAACUGUGACGCCAUGCUGAGCUAACAUUUAGUAGUGUUUCCAAAUACAAAACAAGACUCAAAUAAUUUAGUUUUUCAAAUACAUUUUAUUGUAUGCCAGUUAAAUAUACCUACCUAUAUUUUUAUGAAUUUAUUUAUUGUGUGCAACAACAAAAACUCCGAAAAAGUGUUUGCUAAGAACAACAACCAAGCAUACUUAUUAGUUUUGUGCUUGCAAACCGCAUUUGCCCGACUUUUGUUUUGGCAAAAAUAGCAAGUAGCCGACAAGUUUUAUUAAAAAAAAAACGACUAUUUAAAUAUGUAAAAAAAUUAUACAACGCCAUAUUAAAGGAUUAUCCAUAAACAAACUGAAAAAGACACACUUCGCCGCAAUUCUACAGACAACGCUACUAAAAGGCAGCUGAAUCUAUUGGACGCAUUCGUCGGCGUAGAAACUUAAUUCCCUUAUUAACGGAUUAGCUUCGUACACAAAAAAAAAAGACACAGAAUUUUCAAAAUGAAUUGGAUAAAAAUCACAGCAGCCGCAAUCCUAACCUUCUUAGUCAUCGUCAAUGAGGUCCACAGUUCCGGUUUAUUCGAAUUACGAUUACGUUAUUUCAAUAAUGAUUACGGUCGCGAUAGCGAAGGUAAUUGCUGUAGUGGCAUCUCCGAUCCGCAAACGGGCAAAUGUAUCGGUACGUGUAAGACACGGUUUCGCGUUUGUCUCAAACAUUAUCAAGCGAAAAUCGAUACAACAUCACAGUGUACGUACGGUGAUGUUGUGACGCCGAUACUCGGUGAAAAUUCGGUAAAUCUAACGAAUACGCAAAAAUUUAAAAGCAAAGGUUUCACGAAUCCCAUACAAUUUGCGUUCAACUUUGCAUGGCCGGGCACGUUCACAUUGAUCGUCGAGGCGUUGCAUGACACAAAUAACAGCGCCAAUACGCGCUCAAACAAUUUACUAAUCCAACGUUUGUCGCUGCAACAAGUGCUCGAAGUUUCACCCGAGUGGAAAACAAAUAAAAGCGAAGCUCAAUACACUUGGCUGGAGUAUGAUUUUCGCGUUACUUGCGAUGCGCAUUACUAUGGUUCAGGCUGUGCGAAUCUGUGUAGGCCACGUGAUGAUCCAUUUGGACAUUACACCUGCUCCGAGUCUGGUGAGAUUAUCUGCUUGACUGGAUGGCAGGGAGAUUAUUGUGAUAAAGCCGAAUGCACCAAAGGCUGCGAACACGGCCAUUGCGACAAGCCCAAUCAAUGCAUUUGUCAAACCGGCUGGAAGGGACCCCUGUGCAACGAAUGCGAACCCUACCCGGGCUGCGUGCAUGGUACCUGUAAUAAACCUUGGAAAUGCAUCUGUAAGGAAGGCUGGGGUGGCUUACUCUGCAAUCAGGAUCUCAACUACUGUACAAAUCAUCGUCCUUGUCAAAAUGGUGGCACCUGCUUCAAUUCCGGUCCCGAUCUAUACACCUGCAAAUGCCCACCGAACUUUAUUGGCUCUGAGUGCCAGAAUGAGAUCACUUCGUGUAAGGAAGGCAAUCCAUGCCAGAAUGGUGGCGCUUGCCUUGACGAGACUAGCACGCGCGGUUAUAAAUGCGAAUGUCUGAAGGACUGGGGCGGUCCAUUGUGCGAAGAGAAGGUGAUCACUUGUCUGGAUAAACCAUGCCGUCACGGUACCUGCCGCAACUCCACAAAGGGGUUUCAAUGCGACUGUCCGGGCGGCUACAGCGGCCGCGUAUGUGAGCUGCACGUAGACAACUGUAAUCCGAAUCCCUGCCAGAAUAGCGGGAGCUGCUUCAUGACCUCUUCCGGUAAUCACAAAUGCCAAUGUCGCAGCGGUUUUGCGGGCAGCAUGUGCGAGCAGAACAUCGACGACUGUCAAGGCAAUCCAUGUCACAAUGGCGGCACCUGCAUCGACAUGAUCAAUCAGUUUCGUUGCCAAUGCGUACCGGGCUACUUGGGCUCACUCUGUUCGGAUAAGGUAGACUUGUGCUUAACUAAACCUUGCGCCAAUGGCGGUACCUGCACGAACCUGAACAACGACUAUAGGUGCACUUGUCGCGCUGGCUUCACCGGCAAAGAUUGCUCAAUUGACAUUGAUGAGUGCAUGUCUGCGCCCUGUCGCAAUGGUGGCACUUGCGUGAAUCGCGUCAACAGUUUCCAUUGCGUUUGCGCCCACGGAUUUUGCGGUAAACAGUGUGAGGAGGAGUCUUACGCGUCGUACGAAUCUCGUCCGUAUCAGGCUGCGCCACAGGCGCGCAGUGACGGCUUGACAUCUGGGCAGGUUUUUCUGAUUGCCAUACUCUCGGUGGCCAUGCCAGUGGUGGCGGUGAUCGCCGCUUGCGUAGUGGUUUGCAUGAAACGCAAACGUAAGCGCGCACAGGAGAAGGACGAUGCGGAGGCGCGCAAGCAGAACGAACAGAACGCAGUGGCGACGCUGCAUCACAAUUCGAAUGGCGUUGGCGGUAUGGGCGUGAUGAGCGGUGUGGUAGGUGGCGUCGGUUUGGGUGUGAAACGAACUUCAUCCUCUGGACUGGCAUUCGACAAUUCCAAUCCGAACAUCAUCAAGAAUACCUGGGAUAAAUCGGUUAACAACAUUUCGGCUUCUGCAAGCACAGAUGAUUGCCUAAAUACAUCGCUAUAUGGCAGCGCGCUAGCCAACUAUGCGGCGGACAACAACGCCAAUUCGGAAUACUGCGGUGUAGGCCAAAUAGCGCCGCUGCAACGCGCCAAGUCACAGAAGCAACUCAACACCGAUCCCACACUAAUGCAUCGCGCCUCACAGCUGUUGCACAGCGCCGCUAGUGCAGUAGCCGGUGUUAGUGCUGCUGCGGCGGCAGCAAAUAGCGCCGCCAACGCUGGCCUUAGUGGGGUGAACGGCGCUAACGGCGCUGUUGGUGGUGGUGGCGGUGCAACCAAAGACUAUGGCGUCCAUGGCAGCAACGGCGGCAGUGGCGCUGAAGGCAAGCGCAUCUCAGUGUUAGGUGAGAGCGCCUAUUGCAGUCAGCGGUGGCCAUCGUUGGCGACGGCAGGUAUGAGUGGCGGCUGUGCGUCACAGAUGAUGGCUGCCUCGGCAGCGGCCGCGGCGGCGGGGAGUAGUGCGGCGGCGUCUGCUGCUCAUCAGCAACAGCAGCAGGCGCGCGCCGUAUUGUGUGGCACGCCGCAUAUGUGAACGUCACAUGGCGGCGCAAGUGAGCAGUUUUUGGCUGUGGCGCCGAGCCUGGCAAACGUGCGCGGUUGCGCACGACAGCGUAAUCGGCGAGUGCGCAGGAUAUUGGCGUGUUGGUGCGGGCACGCGUAACGUAAGCUGUUGAACAUUUUUUGCUACGAAAUUUCUUAACAAAAAACGAGCGAUUCUUUGUAAUUAUAAUUUAAUAUUUUUUUUUUUCAUUUGUUCGUGUAAAUGCUAAAAUCUUUUUACAAGCGAAAAUAUGCUGCUUCUCUACCGAUUCAAUUAUAUACAUACAUACAUAAAUUUUUUCUGUAAUUUUUCGCUGUUGAAAUGGACUGACGUUGAUAAGAAAUUUAUUGUAAAAAGCCGUAUACAUAACUAGAAUUAAUAUUAUGAUAUAAGUAAAUAACUUGUGCGCAAUUGUGAGGAGCGAACGACCGAACGAACGAACGCGUUAGUGAGUUGGCAUACAAGCUGACAUUUUAAGAAAUUUCAAAACUAAAAAAUUAUGCUGUAUGUUGUGUGCUUUGUAGAAUUUGGAAAGAGAAAAAAGGACCUUAGCGUUAAACAAAUUUUUUUAAUUGUUAAAAUUAUUUGCUAAAUUUAAUAUUUAUUAAGCGAAAAGCAUAAGAAAUGACGCAUUCCGCUAGUAGCAAACGACGAGUAUUUUUGCAUGACGCUGCCACGCAUUUUUUUGCCGUUCAAGCGCGCAGGUAUAUAUUUGGCGCUUACAAGUCUCCUUAUUUAUAGUGCGAUUUUCUUUUUUUUUCCAAAAGAAAACUUGUCUUAUUUCGCGUUUAGUGGAGUGCGCUGAUUGCUGUGACGAAUUUUCGAAUUAAAAAAAAAA